AAUACAAUCCUCGUUUUACCGCUAGUUACGUGGGAAUUUUCACAGWCUUGAACGCAGAAGAAUCAAAGGAUGCUGAUGGAGGCUGUUGUCGCCAACUGGUGCUGCUAAAAAAAUAAUAAUAAUAAUAAAAAAGGAAGACAAAUAGCCUUACUGUAGCCUGCCUAUUACACAGAGGACUUAGUGAGCAGGAUGUAAUCGGGAAAAACAGCCAGAUGUUUUCUUCUAAGUGCUGGAAGAGUUUGCCUUCCUCGUGGGAACCCGUCUGAGACCGAGCACCCAGUAACCUCUCAACCAGUUGUGAAACUGGCUCGAAGWCUUCAAGGGUCAAACGCACAUCUUGUUCCUGUCUUCGGAGGGUGGUCCUGUCCAUCUGCACGGUCUCACCUCCUAGCACAUACGUCACAGCAGAAGAUGAGACGUCCCUCUCACCCCACCAGCCUCGCAGACAGCCAACUAUAGUACUAUUAUAGUUCAAGCAAAGGCUAAUUGUUGGUCAUUUACAAAGGGGGCACAGUCCGACUCUUUCAAUGGCAUUUCUCGCUUUCUUUCUACUGUAAGUGAUAUUACAGAGGAAGAUGUGCCUCCUUGCAACUUUUUUUUUCAUCCUGUAAUCUGAUUCAGGGUUGGCUAAAUGUUCACAAGUUAGUUCCGCAGCUUUCCUUUUAGUUGUUGGAAGCUUUCCUUCUUUAUUUUGUCUUUAGAAGGGAAGAUGGCUGUGCUCGUGGUUUGUGCACUCUUGUGCUUGUUCUGCUGGGCAUCGUUCUACUUCAUCUUGUGCACUGUGAACGGGUCCAGGAGCUGCGAAUGGAACUGUCGCCUUGUCACCCUGGUGCACGGCAUCCUGGCAAUCUGCAUCACAGCGUACAUAGGAUAUGUGGAUGGACCCUGGCCCUUCACUUAUCCAGGAACGAAGAACACCCCUCUGCAGAUAAGUGCCAUGGUGCUGAGUCUGGGCUACUUCUUCUUUGACAUGGGCUGGUGCGUGUACUUCCGCACAGAAGGACCCGUUAUGCUGGCCCACCACACCAUGAGCAUCCUGGGAAUCCUGCUGACUCUGUGGCUGGGGGAGUCUGGCAUCGAGUCGUGCGCGGUGCUCUUUGGCAGCGAGAUCACCAACCCCCUCCUGCAGGCACGCUGGUUCCUCAAACAGACGGGGCGCUAUGAGACGCGGCUGGGGGACGCUGUGGACGUCCUGUUCGUGCUGCUGUUCGUGGUGAUGCGAGUUUUCGUGGGAGGCACAAUGCUGUACUGUGAGCUGAUCUCGCCGAGACCCAGAUUCUUUAUCAAGUGCGGAGGAGUGGCGAUGUACGCGCUCUCCUGGGUCUUCAUGGUGGACAUUAUUCGAUUCGCUAGACGGAAGAGCAAGGGCUGGCACAAAAGGAGGGUCCAGCGAGAGACUGUGACGGCUAAUGGCCAUGAUGGGAAGAUGGACUGACCAGCUUUGGAGCCUCAAAGGAAAGCAAACUGUAUCAGUGUUUUUGACUGAAAGCCAUCAGUGGAAAGAAGACUAUUUGUUUAAGAUAUAAAAAGUGUUCUUUUUUGGUUUUAUCAUUUUUGUGCUAUUUGUUUAUAAAGUCCAAUGCAUUUUUUAAAACAUGACUUUAUUAUAAUGAUAAAUUAUCACCAAAAAGGUGCAGCUAACAAACAGCAAAACACAAAACCAAAGCCRAUUUUUUUAAAAACACAUUUCUAACAGCUGACUGAGAAAGGUUUUAGUGUUUUAUUUGGUAUUUUCACACGCUGUCAGCUACUUGUACUAAUUUUUUUGUCUGAAUUUUGUUUCAGAUAGUUUUUUUAAAGCAAUGUCUGGAAGUUGUGAUGCCCUCUGCUCUGAUUGCCUAACAUUUGAGCCAAACAACUUUUGUCUACAAUGAAGUGUGUUGAAAACAAAACAUCUAAGUGUGCUGCAUCGUCCCAUGCCAAGAAAAUUGCCAAAACCUUCAACUUUCAUUUGAUAUAUUCAAACCUUAGAUUUCUUUCCUCAUUACCUCACUAAUAUAUAUUUGUGACGUUGUUGUACAUACAGUUUUGCUCAAACACAUAUCACAUCUACCUUGCUUUACAUUUAUACAAGAAAUGUUGACAUUUUUAGACUCACCUGACUGCCACUGGUAAAAAUCUGGGUGCACAUCCAAGAAAGUACAAAUCUAACUUGUCUGUGCCUUAGCUAUUUGAAUGUACACUUCUGUUUUUUGUUUGUUUGUUUCUUUGUUUGUUUGUUUUAGCUUGUGCUGUACUGUAAGCCCUCCAGGAUUCUGUGUAUGAAAAAAGGGUUGUUGGUUUCUUAAGUCACUUUUGUUCUUCCUACUUAAAUAAUAAAAAACUAAAAUUAUUGCAUUUUCUAUGAAAAUGCAGUGCUGAA